CACUUGUGCGUCUCUUGAUAUCUGCAAGUGUCAUCAAGCUUCUGAUUGUUGCUACGAGCGCUUGGCUACACGCUUGGCAAUCCUACAUAAAGCACAAGCUCUGUGCCAAUCGCAACUCGCAUAUAUAAAUAUCGAUAAGGAAACCUCACAACUUCCCAAUUCGAUAUAUAAAUCCGCGGAGGGCAUGACAUACACAACUAUGAUACGCGUUUAGCCUGAGAUUCAUAUCGAUUUUAUGUCGUUUGUGUCGGCUCGUGGUAGGUUAUAGUUGAUGGAAUUCUCGAUGGUGUUAUACUAGUGCCCGCUUGCUUCAUUCUUCAAGCACCCCAUACAUAUAUGGGUUGCCGAAUAGCAUCUCGACAAACCCUACAUCCCCUGACAAGUGCGGGUGGCUAAGUCGGGCCUCAGGGAGUUACUUAUUGUCAAAUGCUUGACAGCUUCCACAAAUGUGAUAGACCAAUGCCUGAUAUUGAGGAUAAAACUCAUUUGUAGAAGGUGACCACGAACUAUGGAGUUUAUGUUGAUGAUGUUGACCGGCGAUUAUGUCUUGGCCUCUAGUUUGCUGUAAUCUUACCUCCCCCUGAGCUCGGAAAGUCGCCGAUGAUAACCAUUAUAUUUCACAUGUAGAAGAGCCUCAACAUUUCUUAUUUAAAUACUGCCUUUGUAUCCCUCAAACAGUCUCUCUCCAGGGAAACAUCUUCUUCAUUAACUUCGCUUCAAGAAACUGUUUGACCACAAAUUCACCAUGGCCUCUUAUCUCACAAUUCUUACCGCUUUGGCGGCUGUCUUUGCUCCUGUCUUUGCCGCACCAGCAGCAAUACCUCAUCCGAAGAUCAAGACUCCAACCGCUGCCAAAGAAAUUGUCGCUGAUAGCUAUAUCGUUGUUUACAACACUGAUAUCACGGCAGAGGUAACCGCUAGCCAUGUUGACUUUGUAAACUCCAUUGUCGCAAAACGUGACAACGCUGUAUCAGUUGGCGCAACUUACAAAAUCAAAGACUUCGCUGGAUACCACAUUUCAGCGGAUGAGGCCACCAUUGUUGAGAUUGCCAACAAGCCAGAGGUAUGUGUACCCGAUCAGCACUACGUGACCAUAUCUGACAACUGAUCUAGGUCGCGUACGUUGAGAAAGACCAAAAGGUCUACGCCUCAACAUUAACAACCCAGUCCGGAGCUACUUGGGGUCUUGGUCGCAUUUCUCACCAUGCAAAAUCCACCACCAGCUAUAUCUAUGACAGUACAGCUGGAAGUGGUACAACUGUCUACGUUGUUGAUACUGGUGUCUAUGCUGCACACUCUCAAUUUGGUGGUCGUGCCAGUAUGGGAGCUAACUUCGUUUCUGGGUCUGCUGUAUGUACAUACCAACCCAAAUCUAGAGCUGAACAUGCUAACAAAAGCACAGAACACUGAUGAGAACGGUCACGGAACUCAUUGUUCUGGUACUAUUGGUGGUAGUACCUACGGUGUUGCCAAGGCAGCAAAGAUUGUUGGUGUCAAGGUUCUAGAUGCCUCCGGAUCUGGAACAACCGCUGGUGUUAUCUCUGGUAUUCAAUGGGUUGCUACUAACCACGUUUCUAAAUCUGUCCUUAGCAUGUCUCUUGGUGGUGGUUUUUCAUCCAGCUUGAACAGUGCAGUUGCAAGCACAAUUGCAUCCGGUGUAACCGUAGUUGUAGCUGCUGGAAACGAUAACGUAAGGCCACCUCUUCAUACAUUUUUACUUUCCACAAAUAAAUAAAAAGUAUACUGACACCCCAUCCAGGCAAACGCCGCUAACACUUCACCUGCUUCUACUCCCGAUGCCAUCACGGUCGGUGCCAUCGACACAACUGAUGCCCGUGCCUCCUUCUCAAACUAUGGUUCCGUCCUCGAUGUCUUUGCUCCAGGUGUCAACGUCCUCAGCUCAUGGAUCGGCUCUACCAGUGCUACCAACACCAUCAGCGGAACUUCCAUGGCUACACCCCACGUUGCUGGUCUCGCUGCUUACUUGAUUGCCCUUGAGGGUUUGAGCACACCUGCUGCUGUGGCCGCUAGAAUUAAGACUUUAGCAACUAGUGGUUCCAUCACUAAUGCAGGAAGUGGAAGCCCAAACCUCAUCGCCUAUAAUGGUGAUGGUGCAUAAAUGCAUAUAUUCAGAGGUGGGAGGGAAAGGGGGUAUCAGGGGUGGAUGUUAUGGCUCCGGGUAACAUUGACUUGGAAAUUUUGUCUCUUUCUCUUUGGACCAACAGAAAUUCUUUGUAGAAUGCAUACAGACUUUUAUUUAGGUGAGGCAUAGCUAGUGAGGAUAUGUAUGCCAGUUAGAAAGUUGACUCAAUCAAAACUUUAUGUAUGG